UUGAAUUUAAGUUAUGCACAGAAUUGUGAAAAUAGAAACUUUUUACAUCAUUAUAUUAAUUUGAAGCUUGUAAAUAGCCCUUUCUCUAGAUUUUUCGGCGAAACAUUUAACAUUAGGGCUUCAUAUGGUCUGCAACCACGUGCUGUAAGGACUUUACAAUAUUACCUAAUUCUGCUGAAAAUCCUGUGUUAUUUCGGUUUAUACGCGCAAUUGAUCUGCAUUGAAAUUACAAUUUCUAUCAUUCAGUCAUACGUAUAUAUCAGUAUCCAUAUAUAGAACGUUGACCUUGAAUUUUGUGGAGCUAGAAUCCACAAAUCCCCGCUGAGUUUAUGAUUGCAUUGCAAGAUUCGAUGAGGAUCGUUUUGUGAAAAUUUUCAGUAAUAUUGAAUAUUAUGAAUUAAAACAUUAAGUAAUAUUUAUUGAUACUAAAGCCUUCCUUAUUUAUUACUGUUCCAGUUAUGAUAGUCGAAUUUAUCCCAUAAUGAAUGCGUUUUCACAAAUAUAAUAUGGUAAAUAUUUCAAUUAACAUACAUCGAGUAUUAAUAAAAAAGUUGUGUGCUUUAUGUUAUUCUAAGAAAAAGAAGUAAAAUAUAGGCAUUUGUUUCCGAGAUAAAUCUUCAUGACGUUUAUAGUUGUGUGUUGAUAUGGCCUAACAACACGAGGUGGUGAAAAUUUUUUAAAAUGGACUGAAAAGGAUUUACCUCAACACACAACUAUCUAGCAAGGGAAAAGUUGGCGGUGGCACGGAAAUGCUUAGAGUUGGCAGCAAGUUUGACACAUUUGAAGAAUUGUCUCAACGAUUGGAAGAGUUUCAGAAAGCUGAACGUGUUCAGCUGUGGGUCCGUGAUUCGAGAACAGUGAUCGCUGCGGCUAAGAGAGCCCGGCGCAAAAGUUUAAAUCCUGCACUAAAGUAUGCUGAGCUGACCUACUCCUGUGUUUUUGGAGGAAGGAGACCAUCUGAUACUACUAAGAUCCACAAUCAGACAUCGGCUGGUGGUUGUCCGUUCAAGGUCCGUCUAUCCACUUCAGGAGAUGGCCAAGCCCUUCUUGUUAAGGAGAUCAACAAUAGCCACAACCAUGAGCCCGGCAAGAAAUUGCACGAUGAACCCCGGCGGCUGUUUAAGAAGACCCAGAGUCGCUUUAAUCAAGACUCUGUGGAAGGCGCGACCACCUUCAGCAUCAUGUCAGGUGCAACAAACUCUGCUGUCAACAUGUCAUCUACGCACAAACAACCCAUCAAGCUGAUAGUGGGCAAAAACCGGCUCAACAGCACUUUGUCACCAUUUGCUAACCUUCAACAAUUUCAGCACCAGCAUUCACACCAGCAACUGAAUCCUGCAUCUCCUCAGCUUCUCAAGCUCCAUGUUGCUCUACCCGAGCAAGCACAGCGAUGUUUUAUUAAGAAGCAAGAUCCUGAGCUUUUUGCUGAACCCAGCGUGAUCACUCCAGACUCACUGGAUACUACUGACAGCCUCUACAGUUUCCCGGACUUCAGUCAACACCAGAACUUUCAACUGUACAACACUCUGAACCUGAACACCCCCAGCAACAGCAGCAUCAGUGACACCCCUGAGAGCAGCGAGAACAGCAGUCCCGACAACAGCAUGUCCAACACUCCUAAUAACAGCCCUAAUAACAGCCCCAAUAACAGCCCCAAUAACAGCCCCACUAACAGCCUCUCGUCUGGUGUCGAGGAAUCUGUUAUGAGCUUCAGCCUUCCUUUGUCUCCCACCUCGCCCACCGCGCUGACUGUGGUAUGCACAAAGCCUCGUGAGGACGAAGACCGUCCUCUUGAGCCUCUGUUUGAGCUUGGUGAGGCCCUGGAGGACGGGCUGGCUAGGCUGCCUACCAUCGAGACAGAUGAGUUACCACAGAUGUCUAAUGCUCUUCUUAAAUUCACUAGCAGCUGCAAGAAACAUGAGAAGUUCACACCUAAGAAGACGGGGCAGCAACUCCAGAGCUCAACCAGCAUAGGAUGCAAAGCUAACGCAGUGAGCAAUGGGCUGAAGAAUAACAUCACAGGAGCUGUGACUCACUUCCCCUUGGUGCGCACUCUGACUUCUUCAAGCAACUCCAUCAGGGUUGGGUUCCCUACCAACGCCAGCUUAUGUCGCCCUCGUACCAUCAACACAUCUAAUGGUAGCUACUAUAUCAACUCAGAAACUGGUCUUGUGAAGACUGUAAAAGCCAGUGGUGCUUGUGGCGGGCAAAAUGGCAAUAACGGUGCACAAGAUCAAUCGGCUGGCCAGACCACCAGUAUUCAGUACAAUCUCGUGUCCAGCAAAGUGACUGCGGGUCUGGGCAAUGGUGCAAAAAAUGCUGGAAAGAUUACCAUCCAGCACUACAUGUCCAGCAGCACACUAGCUGGCAUGGGCGCAAACCUUAACGCAGUUUCCAAGCCAUCAAACAUUAACACUGACACUAGUUUACCAAGAGCUGUGCCAGUCCUUGUUGGCAUUGCUGCCAACGCUAAGAGCCUCCAGCCUGUUGAGGGCAACAUCGACAGUGGCAACUCCUCGGCAGCUGGUCCCAUAAAGAAUUAUCGCGCUAAAAUUGCUAAAAAACCUUAUCCUCCUGGGGCCAUUUUCAAAGUUGUUAAGAGCGACAAUAUUUCUAGUUCUGUUGAAACAUUUGACAGGCUCAUUAAUACUGUAACUCCAGACAAAAUUAAGAUCGGCUUAAACUGUUACAACUCAACGAAGAGCGAGUGCAGUCCGGUUGCCAAUGCACCAAAGCUGCUCUCCUCUCAUGAACGCCACUUCACUGACGUAAUUGUGCCGUCCUUAGACAUGGAUCGAGUGAUAAGUGGCAUGACUUCGGACGUUAAGCCCGAAAUUGACCAAGUCAUCACUGGCACCUCGCUUGAUAUCAAGUCUGAAGAACUCUGCUCUGACACGAUCAACCCUGUUAAUAAAAUGGAUCAAGUCAUAAGUGGCGGUCUGGAGGCUGAUAUCAAAACAAGGAAUGACCUGGUGAUGGACGAUUAUGGGGACUUGUGUGAUGUAACCGUGAAACAGGAGAUUGAAGACAUAUGCGAUCAAGGUAAUGGGCGCGAAUCACUGUUUGUGGUCGAUGGUUUGGAACCUUCGUUGGGGGAUGACAUUCCACUGUCUCCCGAUGCUUUUUUUAACGUGGCAGACCUUGAAAAAUUUGAUUUUUGUUUCUUCUAGCAAAGAGAAGCGCAGUGCUUAGUCCAGAUGGGGUGUCAGGCGACAGCGUCGGAAUAAUAUGUUAGAUAUGUUCAUCAGCGCAAAAUUCCUCUUGUGCUUAUCCUGUUAAAGUUUUUAUGCGUCAAGGAGAACUCGAGCAGCAAUAAUAAGGAACAAAAAAUUGAAAUGAAUUCGUGGUGCUUAGUGUUAGGGUAUUGUUAAGCCUGGCCUUCAGUGCGUAGCUGCAUAGAUUAAAAUAACCGUAGUCCAAGUUAGAUGUUAGCCUGUGCAUAGUCGUGAAAUAGAGCCUGUUGUUUGAUAACCUUGUUCGAUGAAUGACUUCUUAUUUUAAUGUCAGUUACCAACCGCAUAUAUCAAUUAUCACCGUCAAUAUUACUAUAUUUCUGCAAUUGAAUGGUAUCUUGAACCAGCAAGUCUCUAGUUUUCCGAGUACUGUCUACAGUGAAAACGGUCCCAUAGUUCCUAAAUAGUUGUUGAUUUAUCAAAUGUUAUCGGUGGUACAGCUUCAUUUGAACGCGCUGCCAGUGAAGCAACAACCGUACGACACUGACAACGCGUUCAAAGCGUGUGAAUUCAGCGCGAAGCUUCCAAAUGCUUCUUAGAUCGCUAGUUAUACUUGUAAAAUUUGAGUUUCAAUGACAACACCAAGUGAAUUUAUAUUCAUUUUGACUGUCAUAAAAACUCGCAUCUGACAAACUAAUCUGCCUCUUCGUUUGCUUAUUGCUUGACUUCCCCUGCUAGUAGAGAUACAAAUUUGAUACGGAACAUGUAUUUUGCUUUGCUUGAAAUGAGCAGUCACUUUUCAGUCAUCUUGAGUUGUCCUGCGUAGUUUUAUUACUAUCAACUUUCAAUGGGAGAAAUCGUACACAGUAUCGUGAAGAUAAAGAAGUAGCAUUGCUCGGUUGCUCAGAAUUCCGCUGCGGUCGCCUGGCAUAACGAUGGUUUAGAUUUUUUUUUUCAUCUUCCAAUCCAAUUCCAUCUUUAAAAUGUUAGGCUCAUCACAGUAGAAACUAUUUCGAAAUUUUUUAGUAUGAAGACUCGCGCAUGGAUCGUGUAAGGAUAGGAAUUCGCUCGUUCCCUAGAUUUGCGACUUCGAAAGUGAAAAAAAGGCUUAGCGCAAUUUGUGUGUCAGCUACGCUUGACAAGCGAAGAGGAGAUUAGUUUGUCAACUUAGGUUAAAUUAUCCGAAGGCUUGUCCGCACCUUGUCAAUUUUGAUCAGGGCCACCGAAAAGUAAUGAUUUCAUCAUGAUCUCGAAAGUGGGGCUCAGCAUGUGGACAUGCCUUGGAUCCACUAUUCGGUGCCGUAGCAUGUUGUAGUUAUAACUAAUAAUGCAAUAUUACGAGGUUCUUGCAUGAGGUCAUGAACUAAUGACCUCGGCUUGUUCGAAUGUGCAAAAAAAAUAUCUAAAAAGUAGGAAUUUUGUAGCUGAUGUUGAGAAAUACCAGGUUGUAAAUAAUGAGAGCCAAUUACUCGGUACGGUGUGGGCUCGUUCAGUUGGCGUGCCGACAUUUAACUCACAGUAUGGAAGGCUGAACAAUUCGCGAAGACUUAUCUUGAUAUAAGAGAAUAUUCUUUCUUUCAUAAAGUUAUAUUUUUCUUGAUUAAAAUUGUAUUGUAUUGACGUGUUUCUAUUGAUUAUGAUACAUUGAUCUCGAUUUUCAGUACAUCGUUGUUGUUUCUCUAAUACUAAUAUUCUUCUUGUACUAAUGUGACUUAAUUUCUUCAGCAAGAGCGCAUAUUGUUACUGAUAUUUCUACAAUACUAACUGAACGAUUUUGAUAUCGUUCACCUAGGUCCUAGAGUGCCGUUUACUGUCACAAGGUUUCGUGUUUGCUCCAACGAUUCCUGGCUAAUAGUUGAGAUGUAUUAAUGACUUCUCAUCUUAAGAGGUUAUCUGAACUGUCUAUCUUACGAGUUGGAAUACAAUAAUAUACAGUCAAUAGUAAUAUUAAUGCAAUCAAUUACGCAAGUUGCGUCACGGAUCUAUCUUGCCUAACCUGAUGUUGAAUCAUUGUCAUCAUCACAGUCAAAAGCUGAUCAUUAUCAGUCAUAAGCUGAUCGUUAUCAGUCAUAAGCUGAUCGGAAUCAUUAAUUGGAACUUUGUUCCUUUUUGUCGAUGAUUCAGUCAGUUGUCGAUCUCGAAAUUGAAGCGUCGUCUCUUUGUACCUAUCGAUGUGAUUAUUGUUUGGCUAAAUUUUAAAAUCGUAUUCAGAGUAAUUUGAAUUCUUGAUUGAUAUGCUUAGGCUCUGGUGCUGUUCAGUAAUUUGACUCUAGUACUGUAUCAUUUAAUUGCUUUAAUCGCAAAUUAACCAGGAAUUUUGAAGCGGAAAAAAAUCGCUAUAGUUGCUCGACAUUUUUCUUUGCUUCUAUAUUCUUGGCAAUUUGACUAAAAUCGCAGUUUCGAAAUGUAACAAUUCUAACUGGUCCAGCAAUUCAUGUUUUUGAAGAUUUUCUUGCAUUUCUGUUUUUGCUGAAACGUCGCCAUGGUUCCCGAGAAGUUUGUACCUGAUUUAUUAAAGAUUUUGGCUGCAAAUUAUCUAUAAUGAAGCGCAGGGAAGAUGGCGUACAGUCUUUUUUGUCGUAAUGACCGGAAUUGGAGAAAUACUACUUAUUUUUCGUUAUGUUGAAUACUCAUCGAAUACUCGUUCUCUCUAUGCCAAUCCUCUUUAUGACUCCUUUCAAUAUUUUGAAUCACUAAUGGUGAAAGCACCAUUAAUAAUGAACUUUUUCGCAUUAACUUAGCUCGUUCGGAGUGACAAAACUUUAAGUUAGGAAAUGUCCAUCGUAAACCUCGGCACUCGUAAACUUUUUUUUUAGGUCGCCGUGUGUCAUCUCAUGACUUUGAGGUAAUGAAUUAGUUAUUAUCGCCAUUAUUCGUGUUCCUUUAACUUUUACUUCAUUUUGUGAUGAUAUUGCUAGUCGGUUUUCAUGGAAAAUUUCCUGGCUACCUACAUCAGCAUCUUAAUAAUUCUACUCGGUAAUAUGGUAACCCUGUAAGGUGAUAAUGUUCAUACCAUUCGUCCCUCGAAUAUUUCUUCAUCGAUAUCGAUGUUCACAACGAGCGUUCAAAACCUGGAAGUGCUUUCCUGGGUACAAGUUUAUUGAUAUUAGUUCUCGUAGUGAAGAAUUCUGCGAGAUACUUGAAACCGUGUGUUCAGUUCACGUGCUUGGCGAACUUAUUCCUUGCGACAAGAGCAGGUGAUUACAAUGAACAACUCGUGUAAUAAUACACUCUUCUUUCUUUCUCUCACUCCAUGCUUCCAGUCAUGCGCUUGUAAGAACAGUAACAACAGCACCCAUUGUUAUGUCCUAAAUGCUUACAUUAAAUGUCGUGUAGUUGAUUUCUUCUCGAUUUAGCUCUGCAUGAGAAUAUUACCUUAAACUUACAUACUAUGUCGUUGUGCUUCUAAUUCCAUUUCGUACCUUCUCGCAUUUGUUUUCAUAAUUUCAUGAUGUAUGUUCAUGCACUAACUUGACUACUCAUGCCUUCUUGCACGAGUACAUGUCAUUGCGCCGUAUUUUACCGUAUCUGGUUAUGCUCAAAAUAAACGGAUUUUUUUUAGAAACAGUUUGACGGAGUUACCACUUUGUUAUAGUUAAUUCUUUGAAAAUGUUCCACGAUAUAAGAUGUUACCUGCAUCAUGAAAUAUUCUUCAACAUAUUCUGCUUCAUAUCCUUUGUGUUAUUGUUGUAUUAACUGGUAGUCAAAGGACAAACUCGUAUUGAUAUUGUAAGGAACACAAAGUCUAGCAAAUGUGAUUUAUUCAUUACUAAGUUGUUCAUGAAUUUAGCCACUUGCUACCUGUGAUCAUCGGCAUGGCUAUUGUUAGCGCUGUAAAGCUGUGAUUGUUCUCUUGUAUUGUUAUUGUUACUAGCACAACUAUGUUUUACCUGUUAUCUCUUGGCACCUGCCUGUGACUCUAAUAUGUGCCACUAUUGAACACAAACUUUAACAGUAAGACAAAUGAAAGGGUUACAUUGUACAAAAAGCGACGCACUUCCUGCCCAUAGCACUGGUAAGGCCACUCACCAGGACUCAGGCCUAAACGGGUCAAGACAACCACAAGAAGAAAAGUGCAUCGCUAUUUGCACAGCGAAUCGUUCAUUUCUCUGAGAGUUCAAGCAAUCUCGGGCUCGUUAUAUCACUUGAUUUUCUGCAGAGAUUUCUCAGCAGCAUUUCCUAUGAAUGUUCAUGUUCACUGUCAUAUUUUGGUGUCGUAAAAACUCGUGUUCUCAGCUAAAAUGUCACAUUCGUUCAAUUUCAACUAGGAAUGCUAUGGCCGGUGAGAUGAAACCUUUUCUUCUAUUUUACCAAUUUUCUUGUCUUUGUUUUAUCACAUUGACACUUCGAUUUUUAACUAUCUUUUGCUUUGUUGAAUUAACAUCAGCUAUUUAAUUUGUUGUGAUCAUUUCAGCGCUUAUGGUUUUUCCGCAAUUAGUUCUUCUCCCUCAGUUGUUUCAAUAAAUCCAUCAGAUUGCAACUUUUA